AGUCUUAGAAUAAUUUUAUUUCACUUAACAUUAAUUUCUCAAGAGGUAUCACUACACAGUGCAAGAAAGCACCUAUCAAUUCCCAUGGAAGGAUCAUCAGGUGUGAGGAAAGGCGCAUGGAGUCAAUUUGAAGAUGACCUUCUCAGAGAUUGCGUGAACCUUCAUGGGGAAGGAAAAUGGCAGCUUGUUCCUCAAAGAGCAGGGUUGAACAGAUGCCGCAAGAGUUGUAGAUUGAGAUGGUUGAACUAUCUAAAACCAAAUAUCAAGCGGGGAGAUUUUAAUGAAGAUGAGGUUGAUUUGAUGAUCAGAUUGCAUAAGCUUUUGGGAAACAGAUGGUCCCUAAUUGCAGGGAGACUUCCGGGAAGAACUUCAAAUGAUGUUAAGAACUACUGGAACGCCUACAUGCGCCGUAAAGUUCACUCUCACAACAAAGACAACAAAAUAAAGAAGCAAGAGACCAAAUCAACAGUGAAACCCCACGAAGUGAUUAAGCCUAUUCCUCGAGUUUUAACAAAAACAUCCCCAUGGUUGCAAGGGAAAUUCAUUAAUAGUCCCAAAGUUGGUGUUAGUGAAGAAGGUGCAACAUCAUCAGAGAAUUGGUGGGAGACAUUGUUAGCUGACAAGGAAGAUAAUGCAGUAUUUAACAACAACAACACGUGCUUCUUUGGUGGGGUGCAUGGAGAGCUUAACCUUUGGAACGAAGAGCUUACUUCAAUUGAUUUUGACUUUGUUACACAAGGUGAACUUGGAGGGAUUUCUUCUUGACCUAGGAGAUUAGUGUGUGGUGUUUGUUUUCUCAAGAGACCUCA